AUGCAAUACAAAAACACCGUCUUGGCCGCUGCUGCCGCUCUUGCUUCUACAGCCUCCGCUGGCGUUACCGGCUCUGAGCCAUGGAGCACUUUGACUCCUACUGCUACCUACCAAGGUGGUCACACUGCUUACAGCGAGACCUUUGGUAUCGCUGUCGUUCCUAUCACCAGUUCGGUUUCCACUUUGAGCGCUGCCACUGCUUCUUCGACUGACCACGCCAAGAGAGACGCCAUUUCUCAGAUCGGUGACGGCCAGAUCCAGGCUACCACUUCUGCUUCUGCCACUCCAGCCAAGAAGACCUCUGCUGCCGCUAUUUCCCAGAUCGGUGAUGGUCAAAUCCAAGCCACUACUUCCACCGCUCCAGCCAAGAAGAGCACUGCUGCUGCCAUCUCUCAAAUCGGUGACGGUCAAAUUCAAGCUACCACUUCCACCGCUCCAGCCAAGAAGAGCACUGCUGCUGCCAUCUCUCAAAUCGGUGACGGUCAAAUUCAAGCUACCACUUCCACUGCCUCUCCAAAGAGCACUGCCGCUGCUAUCUCUCAAAUUGGUGAUGGUCAAAUCCAAGCAGCCAAUUCGACCUCUACUCCAAAGAGCACUGCCGCUGCCAUCUCUCAAAUCGGCGACGGUCAAAUUCAAGCUACCACCACCACAUUGAAGCCAUCUGCUCCUGCUAUCUCUCAAAUCGGUGACGGUCAAAUUCAAGCAACCUCUGCCAACUCCACUGUUAGCGCUGCUUCUCAAAUCAACGACGGUCAAAUUCAAGCUAGCACUUCUGCUUCGAUCUCUCCAGCUGCCGCCUCUGACGACUCUUUUGUCACCUCCGUUUCCUGCAAAGCCGAUGGUUCUCUAUCCAUGACUCUAGAAAACGGUAUGUUGAAGGACUCCAAGGGAAGAAUUGGUUCUAUCGUUGCCAACAGACAAUUCCAGUUUGACGGUCCUCCUCCACAAGCUGGCGCCAUCUACGCUGCUGGAUGGGCCAUCACCCCAGAAGGUAACUUGGCCAUCGGUCCUCACGAUGUUUUCUACCAAUGUCUAUCCGGUUCUUUCUACAACUUGUACGAUGAAUCCCUAGGUGCUCAAUGCUCUCCAGUCCACUUGGAAGUCAUUGAAUUGAUCGACUGUUAA